GUACGUGCAGCUGUUGCGCAGUUAGUCGCAAAGUGGAAGCUGCGAGAGAUUGAGAAUUUUGUCAAGUGAUUCCGCAAAACGCUAUUUGAUAUUUAAGAAAUCGUAUUUGAUAUUUUUGUGAAGACGCAAGUGGCUUUGAAGAUAAUAAGGAAAUCAUGGCGUUGGUACCGAGGGAUGUCUUCCGCAAUUGGUGGGACGAUAUGGAUCGCUACCAUCGGGAUAUAGAACAACGUUUCCGACGGUUGAGUCUGCACGACGAUGAUCUGUGGCGGAUGCCGUCGUUCGGCGACACGUUCCGGCCGUGGCGGGAUAUCUUCGAGAACCUGGAUCGCCAAGUGGGUGGCGGAGCGACGGUCGAGCGGGAUUACGACAAAUACCGGGUGAUCGUGGACGUACAACAGUUCGCACCAGAGGAGAUUACUGUACGGACGGAUGACAGGUGUAUCACUGUCGAGGGCAGACAUCAGCAGAAGAAGGACAGGCACGGUUUCGUGUCACGCCAAUUCAUGCGUCGUUACCUACUCCCCAGGGACUACGACAUCAGCAACGUGAAGCCGCAACUGUCAUCUGACGGUUUUCUGACAAUCACGGCACGGAGAUUGGCGUUACCUGCGCCGGGCGAACGAAUCGUACCCAUUCGGCGAACCUACUUUCCGGCCAUCAAGGUUGCAUAAUGCGCUGAAGCACUCUGAUAAUGUUUGAGAGAUAAGCAGAAAGCGUUUGGAAUAUCAUUUGAAAAUCUUUCGAAUAAUUACUGACUUCGCUUCGUCAUUUUAUAUUUGAUGUUGGGAGCCAAAAAAAAGAAAA